AACUAUGACGAGUCGGGCGCGUUGGCGUCCUAUUUCGCCAUCUCGUUCCUCUCGCUCAUCCUCUUCCCGACGACCUUGAUCAUACUUCGAAGAGCUGUCGUGGGCACGAAAGGAAAGGGAAAAGAAUGCGAGUGUGAAUCUUGUCAGCGGAAAGUCAAGUAUAUGAAGAGGUUCGCCACGGAAGGAAGCGGGUUGAACCUCCUACUUCUCGCUGGAUGGACGGCUUUCUUCGCGUUAGCGUAUAUUAUCUCUCAAUCGGAAGGUACCGAGACCAAAGUGUACGACCCCUUUGAAAUCCUCGGAUUAAGCUCGGCAAAUCGACCGCCUAUCCUGCAGUCAAGUGACGAGAAAGCUAUCAAGAAGCAUUUCAAGAAGAUCUCCCUGAAAUAUCAUCCCGACAAGAUCAAGGCUAGCGACAAUCAGACCAAGGAAGAGGCCGAGACGUACUUUGUAGAGCUCACGAAGGCAUACAAAUCCCUGACCGAUGAAGCCAUUCGAGACAACCUGCGUAAAUUUGGCAACCCAGACGGUCAGCAGCCUAGGGAAGACAAGAUUGCCAUUCCCAGUUGGGUGGUCGAGGGCAACAACGGACUGUGGGUUUUGGCACUAUAUGGUAUCGGUCUUGGAGGAGGUAUUCCCUUCGUCGUGGGCCGAUGGUGGUUCAAGCAACGAGUCUUGACUAAGGACGGCGCCCUUUCGUCGACCGCCGAACUGUUCUUCCACAACCUGAUCGAGGACAUCUCUUUCCCCGCUCUUUUGGCUCUUAUCGCUUCGGCUCUCGAGAUCAAGACCAUCCUCGCCGCCAAGUCCAGCUCGAAAAAGCAAAAACGUACGCGACAGACACAGACCGAGGCGCUAGAAAAGAAGGUCAGGACAGAGGCCGAGAGGCUGGGUAUGGGCGAUGUCUUGGCCGCUGGAUGGGAGAGUGAGAAGGGCAAGGGGGUCGUCCUGCCCAAUCCUCAUAAUAGGCGAGCGGUUGCGCUUCUGUGGACCCAUCUUUUGCGAAUCGAGGAUAUCGAGGCCGAGUUGCUAGACGAACGUCGCGAAAUCCUCCUUCAAGUUCCGAAGUUCAUCCCCUCGCUCGUCAACGUCUCGGUCGCCUACCACUGGCUGAACACAACUACCAUGUGCAUGAACCUUUACGCUCAACUCGUUCAAGCUGUUCCAUCUCUCGAUUACCCAGCUUUGCAAUUGCCAGGAAUCGAUAUUGAGCAGGCCAAGGUGCUAAUGGAGAAGGGCAUCAGCGGACAAGGGUGGCAAAAGAAGGUUGUUGGAGAUGCUGAGGUGGAAAAGUUGAUCGGUGACGAGGGUAUCAGGAUCGCCAAGGAAUUCCCCCAACUUCAUGUCAGCGAUGCCAAAUUCGAAGUCGAGGGAGAAAACAGCAUCACCGUUGGCUCCCUUUGUCAAUUUGUCUACACCGUACAUCUGACUGCCGAGGAACCAUCGCCGCAGGCUCUCAAGGCUUCUCAGAAGAACCAAAAGGUGGAGGACAAGGACGACAAGGAUGUCGUCUUCGCACACGCUCCUUGCUGGCCAGGGCACCGUAAACCCCAUUGGUGGGUAAUGGUCGCAGAUGGAACCAGCAACACCGUACUAUUCCCGCCGCAGCGAAUUGGCGAUAUUCCCCUCGUGACCUCGGACGAAAAGGACGUCAGCGCUGAGAAGUCUGCAAAAGGCAAGACUUUCAAGUUGACUUUCCCCGCGCCUCCUACGCCUGGAAGCACGUCGCUCGAAGUGUAUUUCAUCAGCGACACUUUCAUCGGAGGAAACUUGGAGCGAUCCGUCGUGCUAACUGUGGCUAACGAAGAAGCAGCACCGCCACCACAGGCCGACGAUGGCGACAUCAGCGACCCAGACGAGGACACCUUGGCUGGGCAGAUUGCGAUGAUGAAGGGACAGCGAGUCAAGAAGGCUGACGAGCAGGACGACGAGGACGAGGAAGGCUCGUCGGACGAAGAAGGCGAUGGCGGACGUGGGACUGAUGAUAGCAGUGAUAGCGAUAGCGAGGACGAGACGCCCAGGGGGAAGAAGGUGGUUGAUAGUAGUGACUCGGAUAGCGAUUAGUCAGGCGGCUCGCAGUAUGCAUCCAUGCCGGAGGUCAGGCAUCACGGUAGCUCUUGCCCUCUGAUUGAGACCAUACGGUUUGAACAAAGGAAGUCUUUUCGGAGCUCCUCGAUCGUCCUUUGUGUGUCCAUUGGCGCAUGAGCGGCAGGGAUGAUAAG